AUGCUUCUAGUAACUUUCAAUACCAUAGGGUCACGCGGGCACACAAAUUCGCAUUAUUCGGAAUCGGAAGAAAUUUGCACCAAAACGGUCCAACCCCAAAACCAAACACUCUCCACGCUUCCCACGCUACUCAUAAAGAAGAGAAACAGUCUCACAGAACUUGUUAGACACUGCAUCAAAGAAGAGAAUAUGGAAAUUCCUGCCAUUCCACCAGGCUUUGAGUCGAUUGCAUCCUUCACCCUAAAGAGGAUAGAAGAUAAUGAAAUCACGACUAAUUGUUCGGCCUCUUCGAGUAGUUCUGAGUUACAGCCAGCCCGGAUGAAAACAGAGUUUGAGUGUAGCGACGAUGCAAAAAUCAUGAAGUCCCUUAGGCGUAGACCUUGGAUAAACUAUGAUCAAUUUGAUAACAACUCAGGGGAUGACUCUGAUUCUGAGGAGAAUCUCCCUUUAAGGCCUCGGCUUCCAAAAGGUGUUAUGCGUGGAUGUGAAGAGUGUAGUAACUGUCAAAAGGUCACAGCAAGAUGGUAUCCACAAGAAGCUUGCAGGCCUGAUCUUCAGGAUGCUCCUGUAUUCUACCCAAAUGAAGAGGAGUUCGAAGAUACUAUAAAUUAUAUAGCAAGUAUACGCCCUAAAGCAGAAGCAUAUGGAAUUUGUCGUAUUGUACCUCCCCCUUCAUGGAAACCUCCUUGCCCUCUCAAGGAAAAAAAAUUCUGGGAGGAUUCUAAGUUCAGUACUCGUAUACAGAGGAUUGACAAACUUCAGAAUCGGGAGUCAAUGAGGAAGCUGUUGAAAAUUAAUGAUCAUAAGAGGAAGAAAAGGAGACGAUGCAUCAAAACAGGAGUAGAUGUUGGGACUAGUAAUGCAGAUAUUUUGGUUCCUUUAAGUGAAGCUGGAAUAUAUGAGGCAGAGAGGUUUGGGUUUGAGCCUGGCCCGGAGUUUACUCUGGAUGCAUUUCAGACAUAUGCAGACGAUUUCAAAGCCCAGUAUUUCCGGAAGAAUGAAUAUAUUGCAGAUCCAGGAGGUAACAUGAACAUGCUCCAAGAGCAGUGGGAGCCCUCAGUGGAGAAUAUUGAAGGUGAAUAUUGGCGGAUGGUUGAGAAACCUACGGAAGAAAUUGAGGUGCUAUAUGGGGCUGACUUGGAAACCGGGGUUUUCGGCAGUGGUUUUCCUAAACAGUCCCAUCAGGUUGGUUAUGCGUCUGAUGGAAAGUAUGUGAAAUCAGGCUGGAACUUGAAUAACUUCCCCAGGCUUCCUGGUUCUGUACUCUCCUACGAAAGCAGUGACAUAUCUGGAGUUCUGGUGCCUUGGUUGUAUAUAGGGAUGUGCUUUUCUUCAUUUUGUUGGGUAAGGCAUAAUAGUUUGUCAAUUGCUUUAUUGACUUCUUUCAUAUAA